AAACAGUACUGUUUAUCCUUACCAGUUGAACUGUUGCCUUAUGAAUGUGUCAGUAGAAUAAUAAGUAUCACUUGAAAGAUAUGAUUGUGUCAGCAUGUUAUUACACCUUUAAAGAAGCAUGUAAAUUAGAGAAUACAUAGCUGUUCUGUAUUCAAUAUAUUCCCUGUUACACCCAAUAUAAAUAUUUAUUUAUUGAAAACUGAUGUUGUUAAUUAUAAACGCAUAUUCUAUUUUUAUUUUCAGUGUAAAGUAUUUAGAACAGUUGGUCAAUAAUAAUAUGUUCAUACUGAUAUGAAAAUUGAAAUUAUUUCCAUGAACUACAUUUUCAUAGAACAUCACCUUAUUGGGUUCAAAAGUUGAUAUUUUUUAAUAAUAUUUCUUCUCAAAUAUAUUGUUUUAUUCGAUUUAUUUAAAAUUACAUGCAUUUUGAGUUAGUUCACAACAAAAAGUAGUAAGUGAAAGUUUGCUACAUUAGCUCCAUUAUUUAUUUUAAGAUACAGUUAAUUUUAGUCUAUUAUUACAAAGGCUUGCACAUUAUAUACAUGGCACAUAAUAUGAGAUCAUAACAUGUGCAUGCUUCCACUUUUCAUACUUCAACUACAGAGAAAGGAUUCAAGUAUUGAUUGCAGGAGCAUGGUGUGCUAUGGCAAUGGGAGGAGGGUGAAGCCCAGACAAGACCCCACCUCUGUAUACAUGCCCUCCAUUUAAGUUUAACUUAAAUCAUUUCAGACAAUCAGAGACAGAUAUACCUAAUAUCGUCAGAAAAAUGAUUAAUAUAAAAAAUACGUGAAUGACAAUGGGCUGAAGUAUAUUAGGCAUUGAAACUCACAUUACUUUUAUACAAGUGAGGUCCAGAAAAGGAGUCAUGGCAACAGUGGAAGAAAAGAAAAGAGUUGGUGGUUCAAAAGUGUCAGCCAUUGCAAACAUCUUUCAAUCGAAACCACAACUGGACAAUUUAAGCCAUAGAACUAAUAAUAUUCUGUCAGAUGGUUUCAAAGAACCGGCUGUGCCUUUAAAAGAAUCUCCUACGCAAGUCACAGUUGUUAGAACUGAAAGUCAUGUGGCCCGUUUCAACAAUGCGCGAGCUCUAUUCGAGAAACUUGGGGAAGAAAAUAAACCAAAUAAACCGAUUGACAGAAUUGCAAAACCCAGCAACUUACACGGUUUAAGAUCACGUUCUAGUUCAGCAAAUUCUGGAUCAGGCUGUACGUCUCCAGCUAGGUCACCUCGUCCUCGAUCCCCGUCGCCUCCGGGUACUAGGGAUCAUUUAAGUAAUUGGAGCGCAAGUGUACCAGCCUUAAACGCUGAAAGACAUUUUGAAAACGGUCAUAAUCAUGGUUUCGAUAAUGUGCCAGAUAAACAUAAAUCGCGAUCAGGAUUUGGAAAAUUUGAUAAAAAUUAUGGGAAGGAAAAUCGAUUGGACGAUCGUCCAGAAAAACCGGAGAAACCUGAAAGACGAUUGAACUCGAAAGAAUUAAUUGAGAAACAAAAAAAUUGGACUAGUCAUUUCUCAAAAACUAGACCAAGCAGAUACAAUUCAGAUCCAAAUAGAUCCGUAGUCCAAAGCUCAUUGAAUCAAAGCGCGAAUAAGGUGAAUGUUGACUCUGUUUCUGCAGGACAUGCACAAAAUGCCGCAAACGUUGAUAAUGAAGUAAAAAGACCAACAGAUAUCUCUACUAAUCCAGCCACAAGAUCUGCAAGUUUUUGUUCUGUUAGGUCAUCAGCCAUAUCUCCACCUCCACCUCUACCGCCAACCAGAAAUUCGUCGAAUGUGAAAAAAGAAAGACCGGCAAGUAUCGCGGCUGUGUCUCCUUCGGAUAUUCCUAGUAGUCCAGAGUAUGCUACUAUAAACAAGUAUUUCGAUACUUCUCCCACCAUACCAGAGUACGCAGUUGUACAAAAGAACACGAAUGUACAAAACAAACAUUUCCAAAGAAACCAAGAACAUCGGGAAGGUUCGAAGAACGUUGCUACUCCUGCGGGAGAAAGGACACAAGAUGUGUUCAUACCAGAGUAUGCAGUUGUACAGAAGAACACUGCGGCCAAAGCGCAUUCGCGGAAUGCAGACAUAUCAAAAAAUACUUCUUCUGUUCAGCAUUCAAAGGGAUUCAGUAAUUCAGAAAGUAAUCUGAGUACUAAAACUGCUCUUGCAAGCUCAAGUAUCGAUAUAUAUUCACAAUCGAAAUCGCAUGUUUCUCCUUAUGAUAGAAAUUCUGAUAUAUCUAGUCCAACACGGAGUAUCUCGAUAGAGAAUAUUACUAGUAUUGCGUACGAAAAUAAGACAAGGAAGGAUAGCGACUUGCUUGACACUCCUGAGUAUUUAAAUUACCCUACGAAUUCCAUACGUUCACCGCCGAAAACUUCUGAAUGGAGGAACGAGUGGUUAGCUAAAAAUGAUGAGAUAUUGAAGAAAGCGGCGGACUUGAAGAAUUCUAGAGAGGUAUUGGACGUGGAAACGAAAAACGAUGUCGUUAGACCUGAUCCAAGACCAGAUUGGGCCAGAUCGUGUAUAAAUACGGUCAGGAAAAAAGAUAAUCUGACGGAUGAAAGGAAAAUAGAACCUUCGAAAUCUCCGGAUCCGGAAUUGAGACCACCUUCUGGAGGUACGGAUAGCGCUUCUUCUAGUAUGAGCUCCCCUAGCUCCCCUUCCAAGGAUAGUAAAGAAGAGAAGGCAGAUAAGGAAAUGUCUGAAAAAAUUCAAGCGGGUCGAAAUAGUUAUGAUUUGGAACCUGAAGAUCAAGAAAAGCCUGCAUCGUACACAGAAGCUAUUUCCGAAAAAGAUGUUUCAGAUAAAAAUUCAAGAUUUAGUGAAACAGAUACAACUACCGUCAUUCGUCGUUCUCACGUCCGUGUUGAUCUUCAAGCAGCUGGUUUGGGACAACGACCACCAUCUGUUAUUAGUUCAGAUCAAGAGUAUCCAGCUCUAGAACACAAGGAUAUACCAAUACCUUCGCCAUAUGCAAAGAAAAUACAACAAAAUCAGGAAGUUUCUGCACAAAACAAUGAAGUUAAAACUCAAAUAAAAGGAAGCACAGAAGAGAAUGCGGUAAUAAAAACUGAUUCAACAAAAAGUUGCCAUAAUAAGAUAUCUCAAGAUAGUAAUCAUGAUCAUGGACGAACUAAUUCAGUGAUCACAGAAGUAAAUCAAAAUGUAGUUUUAGAUAAUAAGUCAAAAUCAAAUAUUAUUAAUGAGAGGCAUGCAUUUUCUGAAACGGUAUGCCAGAAGACCGUGUCGAAUGCCAAAAACGAUCAAAUUAAAAUUUCUAUGCGGGAAAAGAUUGCAAAAAAUAAAGAAGAAGUGUCUGGGAAACGUUCAAGUUUUGCUGAAGUUGAUAAUAAAGAUCAAACAGAUAAAGCCAUUUUAAAUACGAGUCUGAGUUCGUCAAUCUCAAAUGUCUCGAGUACUGAGAAUUUGUUAGAGAAAGCUGUUAUUAAAGAGGCGGAAUUAGAUGAAGCUGUAUAUCCUGCGAAUACAUCUAAAGUAACAACAAAAGCCGGUAGCCAAAAGGAAUAUAUAACAUUAGCAGGAAAUACAGCACCGCUACCCAAAUCUAAUUCCCAGGCAGUAAACAGUAUUUUAAAUAGAUCCAUAGAGGAAUCAGAUCAACCUCAAACCACUUGGGAACAAGAGAAACUUAAAGCUGAUCAAUUAGCUAAAUUACGAUUACAAGAAAAUAACUCGCCAAGUUCAAUGCAACAAGUUAAUGUACCUCAAAGCACAUCUCCCGUUAUUGCAUCUCAACAGCACGUAGAUAAGAAGCAAAUUAAUGAACACGUUGUAUCUGAAAGCAGUCUUCACGAAGACAGUGAUUCCAGUGACACUAAGACUAUUACAAAUUUGGAGUAUGCACCAGUGGAUAUGCAACAUGUUAAUGAACAGAGUAAUCCAAAAAGUGCAGUUGAAGCUCCAUCCAAAACUAAUCUUAAUCAAGCAGUUCCUGUAACACCAGACACUAUGACUGCUGAUGAAGCAGAAAACCUACUAAGUUCCCGCAUCCUAGAGAAAAAGAUAAGACAAGGAUCAGCUUUAUUGUCGGAUGAGGAAGCACAAGAAAUAGCAAGAUUACUUUCUCCUACUGUGAAUACUGAGGCUGUAAAUGAAGGAAAUUCUAUUGAUAAAAGUAAAGAGAUCGACAAAGAGAGGGAGAGGGAGGAUCAAGAUAAUACACCGGAUUGGCUUUCCGAUGUCCUGUCUGCUCCUGAUACCAGUCUUAUUAAUAGCACCACUAAUGAUUAUAGUUUAUCCCAUAGAUCACGUAGCGAUUUAACGAUAGACUCGUUGACGGAGAGUCAAGUGGGUUCUGUAACUGGAAGCGAAAGUGGUCUUCUUGGUUCAGUUAGCAGUUUGAACGACACUCAUGAAACUAAUGACGAUACAGAGACUGAACAUCAGGAUGAGUACAUGCCUCCAAUGCCAGGCAAAAUUGUGCUGGUAGAAAAUGGAGUGCAUUAUUUUGAGGAUGGCCAUUUCUGGAUGGAAGUUGCUGGAAUACCGGAAUCGGACGAGGAGAAAGAAGAUUACCCGACAGAUAUACCAGUCAAGAAGAUGACUAAAGUUACAUUUGAUACGGGGCCAAUGAGAGUUUAUUCUACUCAUUCGGUGAACGAGUAUGAUCGUCACAACGAAGAUGUCGAUCCCGUUGCUGCAAGCGCUGAGUACGAACUCGAAAAACGGGUGGAGAAGAUGGAGGUAUUUCCGGUAGAACUGAUGAAAGGACCAGAAGGUCUCGGUUUAAGUAUUAUCGGAAUGGGUGUCGGUGCAGAUGCAGGACUCGAGAAGUUAGGUAUAUUCGUGAAAACUAUCACUGAAAAGGGAGCAGCUGCACGAGAAGGUAGAAUACAAGUGAACGAUCAAAUCGUUGAGGUUGAUGGAAAAUCUUUAGUCGGUGUGACACAAGCUUACGCAGCCAGCGUUCUUCGUAAUACUUCUGGUCUUGUGCGAUUUGUGAUCGGCAGGGAACGCGAUCCGAACUCAGAAGUGGCUAUGUUAAUACGACAAAGUCUUCAGGCGGAUAAGGAAAGAGAACAGCAACAGCAGCAAGCUAAUUCUGCUAGAAAACUAAAUUUUUCGGAUGCCUCGCCCGAUGGUCAACGAUCUGGCGAGGAUAUUUCUGUCGGAGGGAUGGGUGCAAUACCAGGCUCUCCAGCCAUGUCGUCAUGUUCCGAAGGGGAACCUCCCCAAAGUCCUAUUGAAAGUUACUUAUCUGCUUCCGGUCGAAGUAGAUCUCCUAUUAUUAGUUCAUCGAUGCCACCACAUGCGCCUACUACACAAAGUGAUGUUGACAGUUUGAGGCUACUUUUACAAGAGAGUCAGUAUAAACUAGCAUUAGCAGAUGGAGAGGUGGAAAAGCUGAAAGCUAAGCUUGUAGACUUAGAGAACAGUGGAGCAGGUAGCGAGGAGUACGCAGCAAAACUGCGUGAAUCUGGAUUACGACUCCAUGAAUCCGAGAGAGCCUUGGGUACUGCCAGACAGGAUUUGGCAACGGCUCGAGAAAUGCUUUCUCAAGCAACAGCUCAGAAUGCUGCUUUGCAACAAAAGUAUGCACGAGCAAGGAGAGCAGCUCGUGAGCUGCGCGCGGAUAUUGCAGCUCGAGAUGAAUUUUAUCAACAGUUGUUACAAGAAAAAGACACGGAGUACAAUGCUCUUGUAAAGAGUUUAAAGGAUAGGGUUAUCACGUUGGAAGUAGAAUUGACCGAGACUCAAAGGAGAUUUGGGUUGCCAGUAAGAUUGCCUUACGAUGGCACAACAGCUAGAAUAGUUACACCCCAAUUAUCACGACGCCAGUUACCACCGCCACCUUCGUCCACUAGUUGUCAACUGUCAGACACAGAGACAUCAGAUCUUAGUAGCCCCGACGAUGGUGACAAAACUGCAACGGUGGAGAGGAAAUUGCCACUUCCAUUGCCGGUCAAAGAAGAAUUGGAUAGAGCUGUGCCUGCCCAUCGACUUCUUGAUAAUUCUGCAGGGAAAAGUAAGGCUGAGCUUGCUAGUAGGGGAGGUUUGGCAAACCGACAACUUCCUAAACGGUCUGGUGGCCUUAGCAAUAGCAGUUCUGAUUACGGUUUGGACGAGUCUGGUGAUAAUACUGACGAGGAUUCUUCUUCCAAGCUUCUUUCUCAAGACACUAGUAGCAGAUCGCCAAAUGACUUAACGUCGAAGCAAUCAAACUUGAGUUCCUAUUCCAGUAGUUCUUCGAUUAGUUCACUGAAGAGUAAGCAUAUGGAACCUACGCAUCCCACAGCGAUUCGACAGCAUAGUACUAUUAGUUCGCAAGUUCGAGCUAUGACAGAACAGAGUUGGCCACAGUCGCAGAAAAAUUUAACAGGACCUCCGGCAUCUUUAGCAGAACAAUUGAAGCAGGUCCUAGCGGAAAGAGAAAGACGACUUGGUGGAAAUGAUAUGUCUUCUUCAAGGGAGAGUUCGGGAGACUUUAGUGAUUUAAAUAAUCCGCACAACAACGAUCCAACCUUGGUUACCCACCAUUUAGUAGAGGAAAUAAGACAGGCUGUAAACGAGGCCAAUCAAAGAGUGAAAAAAGUUACUAUUCCUUCGCCAAAUGUUAUUGGGAGCGGUGGAACGCCUUGGCAUCAUCCAGGUAGUUCACCAUCCAGUUUGUCCUCUGGUGGAUCGGUGAGCCCGCCUGCAGUUGAUCCUAGUCCAUCCAAAACAGAUGCGAGUGAAGUUUGGUUGCCUCCUCAUCCAAGCGACUUUGGUUUAGGUGACAAGAAAUCUCACUUUUGGCAAAAUGCCCCAGUAACGGAUUGGUCCAAGGAACAAGUGUGUCAAUGGUUGACUGGAAUCGGCUUGGAGCGGUACGCGCCGCGUUUUCUGGAAACUGGUAUCAAUGGUGGAAACCUUUUGCGGUUAGAGUCUCGCGACCUGAAAGCUUUUGGUAUUUAUGGAGAAGAAAAGUCUCAUCUGAAACGAAAGUUGAAAGAACUUAGAGCACAAGCAGACCGUGAACGCAAGGAGAGGAAAGAGAUUGAACGGAUGCGACGGAAAGCAGAAAAGGCUGCCAGGAAAAAAUAGUUUAUGCGUUCGAUAUGCAUUUGUGCUCUUUACGAAAUGCAAUAACAUUGCACAAAAAGUCGGUGACAUAUGGAAAUUUGAUGUACGAUAUUCCAAUGAUGUUCGUAGUGUAUGUAUUUUCGAUUACUUCCGUCUUGUAUUUAAUUCUUUAGCGCGUUUAAGCAGUCAUUAAGUAAAUAUUCUUGUUCGGAUUCCUAGAUAUCCGAAGUUUUAAACUUUGAUUAUUUAUAUACUCAAUUAAAAAAACUCAUCUCCUUAAUUUUUGCAUUUAUUUAUAUAAAUAUAUACCUUUGUAUUCAUGUUGCUUCAUUCUUCUUGUAGUAUUUGUAUUAAUUAUUUAUGAAGCAACAAUGAAUAUGAUUCAAAUAAUGGAAGCAUGUAUGAUGGUACAAACAUGCUUACAAUGCCAGACGUAUGCAUGUGAUAUGUAUGUAAAAAAUCCAAGCCAUUUAGAUAAAUUGUAAUAAAUUUUCGAUUAUCUAGAAUUCUUUUUAAAUAAUUGUAAGUAUAUUUUUUUUGUAGUGAUACAAGUUUCACGUUACUAGAAUAUAUUAUUCCUGUAUUUAUUUUUAUUAUUGAGUUGAUUGUGUAAUAACAAUUUUUCAUAAUGCAUCUCGCAGAAUGUUAGUAAAUUAGAGUUUUAAUGUAUCUAUUUCUUGGAAAAAAAAAUGAAUUUACUAUGUACAUCAUUGAACUAUCAACGAAUUUGUAAUUUGUCAAUGCGAUACGUGUCAUAAAUUCCAUUUGUAGAUUGAUCGACUUACAAAGUAAUUCUAUUCACCUGUAUUUAUUCCAUCAAAAUUUUCUGAAUAGUUAAUACGUUUCAGAAUGUUAGUCAGUGGAUUGCAUUUUUUUUUGUUCAAAUCAUAUCAAAUUGAAGUAUUAACGAGGUCAUGUUGCUACCGUUUUCAGUGUUCGUAUUAGGCAUUUGUUCUACUUUUAAUCUUGCGAAAUUUGUACUAUACGAACGAAGUACUUGAUUACCCGCACAACGUCGAUUUUAUUGCGACGAUAAUUUUUAAAUUAUGUGAUGAUGAACUUCUUUAGCGUUUUUUUGUAUACUUUAGACAUUCCAUGCGACUAUGUAGUUUUAUCUUUAUUAACAAACAAUUAGAAUCACUGCGGAAGCUUUGAUGCUUCGAGCGAAGUCCCUAUAUAUGCGUGGAUAUAUAAUGUAUGUUAAUACGAAUCCAAUAACCAAACGAGAACACGUAUUGAAUAUUCAUUCGCGAAUAGUAAUUACGGGACUCGCUUGGAUAUUAUGUAGGACGAACGUACCUUAUUGUACGUACACUUAUUUAUGAUAAUGUUAUGACAAACGUCUUGUACAAUGUUAAGUACUUUAUUUUCUCUUUAUACUGUUCUUAUCAUAUAAUAUAUCCUGAACAACAAAGUUUCUUUUAUACAAAACUCGAGCAAAGUAUUUGGCAUUGAUAUACAUUGUACAUAGUACACAAUGAACGAUCAAUAAUAUUGUAAUCUACGAAAAAAAACUGAGUAUGUCGUAAGGCGUGUAAGAGGCAUAACUAUAGUGUCAUAAUAUCUUUAUAGAAACUAGUUUUUCAUUUCCUAACUUAAGCGUUUAUCAAAGGUCCUCCAUUUUUUAACGGUACUUCGUAUAUCACAAUAUACUGAAAUCAAUUAAUACUUGUUGUUUCUGUUAUGUACAACGAAAUGUAGGAAGCGAACAGAAAAGUUUCAUCAAAAGGAAAACAAUUUUGCGUCUCAGGGUAAUGAAAAAAAAAGAAAUUCAUUCUGGAAAUGCGCGUAUGUUUAGUGAGUGCAAAAAAAGAAAAGACUCCAGGAUUAGUACGUCCCGCAAUUCGUUUAUGAAUAGUAUUGCAAUUUUCUAGGAGCUGACGUUUGAUAAAAACCGACUGAUUUACAAUAAGUUUGUAGUUGAUUUUCAACGAAUGGCUUAGAUAAUGCAAUUUAAUAAUGAUGUAACACUUAUCCAAAAGUAAUAGUCUGGCCCAAGAACCAAAACUUAUAUACCUUUGUGGAGCUGCAUAGUAUCUAAAUGUUUUUCAUACGUUUUUCGAUACUAAUUUUAAAUUAUUGCUCAUGAAAGGGAAAAAAUUAUGGUUCCAUGCAUAAAGACGGAAUGUGGGAGUUGCGUGAACGGCAGCUUUUUAAUAUUGUCUAUGAAAAAGUAUUGUCAAUAAAUACUCUUAAACGUUUUAAUUAAAAGUAAUUCAUACAAUAUAUUCAUAGUCUGUUGAUUUUUUACCUAAUAAAUUAAACAUUAAGGCGAAAUUGUAAUGUACAGUAUAUGUGUGUCUAAA